UUUACUACUGUAACACACACACGUCCAGAGCUCUUGCAUGACUAAAUUGGACAUAUUUAAAUUAAAGCUUUUAUUUUGGAUCUUAUGGCUAACAACACUCAUAAUAGCACUUGUUUUUCACAACCACUGCCGGACGACUUCUGGGGUGGUGUGAUACUGUCAUUUACAGUCUCUAUUGUUGUCGGAUUGGUGAUUGGAGGAAUAAUAUGGGCCCUGUUUACAUGCUUGUCUCGACGUCGAGCCAGUGCACCUAUUUCUCCUAGGAUGCCCUCUUCCUCAAGUCGUCGGCCUAGAUUAUCUUCUCAUAACCAAGCUUUAAAUAGGUCUGGGUUCUACCGCAACAGCACAUGUGAACGAAGAAGUAACCUCAGUUUGGCCAGCCUGACUUUCCAAAGACAGACGUCCCAAGAACAGGCUGACCCAUUCACUAGAAAACCAAGUUUCCGAGCUUCGACAUUUCAUCCAUUCCUGCAGUGUCCACCUCUCACCGUUGAAUCUGAGAGUCAACUUGUUACUCUAUCCCGUGCCAACAGUACUUCUCCAACACUCAACAGCAGCAACCUAAGUCAGGGCGAAUUCCACUGGUCCAAUAACAGCCUUCGUCUUGGUCACUCAACUCAGACUCCUCCACCUGCAUAUGAAAGUAUUAUUAAGGCAUUCCCAGACUCUUGAACAGAAAUCCACUAGAUCUUAACAUUACAGUGCACAAUAGAAGAAUAACACUCUAUUGCUUUGAUAAUUAAAUAUAACACUACAUUGUGUCAAUAUCUCUGUGUACAGGAUUUUUAUGCUGAUAGUAUGAUCUUGUAUUAUUUCAUUAACAAUGAAAUGACAUUAGUUCUUUGUGCUUUCAAAGGGAGA